AUGGGAGUGGUGAGACGUGUUGAUGUGUUGAUGGGUAGGAGAGUUGGAGAUGAUCUUCGUGGGCGAGGAUGUGACUUUAAUAAAAGUCCCACUGGAGUGCAGGUUCCAGUCACGAAAGGAAUUGCGCAAUCGGAGUGCUCGGCUCGAUCUGUGAUACGUCUGUUUGAGCCAGAUGAGAGAGAAAUGUCGACAAGCACGCAACGGGAGGCGAAAGAGGGCGGUGAGCGAUUGCAUAAUGGAAAUCUGAUCGCUGACGCUAAACCUAGAUAG